ACAUCAUAACAUAAGCACAUGUAUUUGGUUGAUUUCUGGGAUUAGUGUAUAAAAGUUUUUAAAGUUUUAUCCAUUUGAUAGUAUCUAAGCAAACUUGUGUUUCUAUAAGUGUUAUAAAUGGGUCCUAGAGGAAAAUUUAAACCUGGUAAAGGCAACAAAGGAAGGGCAAACAAGAAGAAAGGAAAUUUUAAGGCUAAGCCCCGUAAAACAUAUAGUUUAUAUGGUAACAACAAGGAUAACGAUAAGGGAAGUAGGAAACGCAAGUUUGAACACAAUUCAAAUAAUGAAAUUGAUAAACGACCAAAAACUGAACCUAAACAGUUACCACCAGAAUUAUCAUCAGAGAGUGAGGAGGAGGAAAUCAAUGAUUUGGACUUGUUGAGGUCUACUUUUUCUAAUAUUGACAAUAAAAUGAAAGCCAUAGAUUCCAGUGAUGAUGAGGAAGUGGAAGAAGAAGAAACAAAGCUUGAUAGUGAUGAUGGCAAUAAUGAUGACAAUGAUGAUAGUAUUGCUGGAAGUGAUGAUAGUGCUGUUGAAGAAGAAGAAGAUGAUGAUGAGUUAUUAGAUAAUGAUGAAGAUGUUAAGGAUUUGUAUAAGGCAGAGACAGCAGUAGAAGAAAAGGAAGAUGAGAAUGUGGAAGAAGAGAAGUUGGAUGCAGAUGAUAUUGAAGAAAAUGAAAUCAAUGCAAAUGAUGAUCCUUUUAACAAACACAUUGCUUAUGAUAUUACUGAAAAUCUACUGGAAACUGUGCAGACUACACCAGUGCUAAUGGAUAAGUCUGAAUUGCAUUGGCCGCAUUUGAGAAAAUUGGCUGUUCAAAUACCAAAAACUGAUAAUGAUAAGAACACCUUAAAUUUAAUAUCAUUGGCAGAAGAUCAGAAGUUUGCCCCAAUAGUUAAACCACCUGAACGUAUCCAUGUCAGUAAGACAAAUUUAGCUGAUUUAUUUAUUAAGCCUCAAAUUGCUAAACAUGUGUCUACUGGCAACAAAUCAUUGAGUUCAAGAGCUAAAGAGGAACCUUUGCCAUUGACACCUUUCCAAGCUGAGCUAUUUUCAGUGUUAAAUAAUUAUCAGGAUUUGUUAUAUACAGAGAGAACUUUCUCCAAUGAGGAGGAAAUUAGAUUUACUUACUGUUUGCAUGCUAUGAAUCAUGUGUUGAAAACAAGAAGGAAAAUCUUAUCGCAUAAUGCUAAAUUGGAACCAAGGAAGGAAGUUCCUGAAAUAUUCAGGGAUCAAGGUUUAAUCAGACCUAAGGUACUAAUCAUCGCCCCCUUUAAAUCAUCGGCAUUGAAAAUAAUUAAUACGUUGGUUGAUUUAUUUGUGCCCAAUGAGAAAGGUCAUAUUAUAAAUAGGAAGAAGUUUGAAUCCGAUUACACGGGAAACGAGUUGUUUAUGCCUAAAACUCGACCGAAACCGGAAGAUUACGAACUGUUAUUCAAUGGAAACGUUAGCGACGAUUUUAAAAUGGGAAUAACUAUCAACAAAAACAGUAUAAAGCUAUAUUCGAAUUUUUAUAGUUCCGAUAUUAUCGUAGCAUCACCAUUAGGUUUGAGGUAUAUCCUUGGUGCAGAAGGUGAAAAGGAUAGGGAUUACGAUUUCCUGGCUUCCAUUGAAUUUCUGGUCAUAGAUCAAGCAGAAGUAUUUCUCAUGCAGAAUUGGGAUCAUUUACUGCACAUCAUGGAUCAUCUGCAUUUGCAACCGAAAGAUUCACACGGUACCGAUUUUUCACGCGUCAGGACGUGGUGUUUAAAUGGAUGGUCGAAGUAUUAUAGACAAACUUGCAUAUUUUCAUCGACUCUAUUACCCGAAAUCAAUUCGAUAUUUAACAAGAAAUGUUAUAAUUAUGCUGGUAAAGUUCGUUCGCAAAACCCAAUCGAGUAUGGAUGUAUACGUAAGGUAUUUCUGCAAUUACCGCACGUUUUUCACAAGUUCAAUACGAAUAGCGCAAUGGAUUCCAUCGACGCCAGAUUUAACUUUUUCGUUAAAAACAUAUUGACGCAGCAAAGGGAUCCAAUGAUGAAACAAACGCUAAUUUACGUUUCGAAUUAUUUCGAUUACGUCAGGUUGAGGAAUUACUUCAAAAAGGAAGAUCUUAGUUUUGUACAAAUUUGUGAAUACUCUAAGGAAGGAAAAGUUGCCAGAGCGAGAGAUAUCUUCUUCCACGCCGAUAAACAUUUCAUGCUUUACACGGAGAGAUAUCACUUCUUCAAUAGAAACAAAAUAAAGGGUAUCAGACAUUUGGUUUUCUACCAGCCACCGAAUAAUCCUCAUUUUUAUUAUGAGAUGGUCAAUUUGAUGCAGGAAGCGAAUCAGUACAAGAAAGCUGGAAGUACUGCAGAUAUGACGGUUAGUGUUAUAUAUUCUAAGUACGAUGCGCUCCAGUUAGCUUCUGUUGUGGGAACGGAGAGAGCGAUGAAAAUGAUUUCUUCGGAUAAAAACGUUCACAUGCUUCUCACAGAUGGAUGAUGUACGAUUAAUUUUUUCUAAGUUAUAUAUAAAUGUAUUUGUACAGUGU